CGGAGCUCCCUUUAGGGUCCAGUUCUUCAAAAAUCAACUCAAGGCAACAGUCCUCUUUCUGCGCGACGCUCUAUCUCACGCCCAGAUAGCCGGCCUUUUCGUGUAUGGGCUUCACUUUCUAGAGGGAGAGGGAGAGCGCGGAUGGCAAGAAUGGUGAAGAUGCAGCUGGUGUGCGCGAUGCUGCUGGCGUCCGCGUCCUGGAGCCUGGGUUUAGAUUCAGAAGAGGAAAUGAAAGCCUUAGAAGCUGAUUUAUUGACCAAUAUGUAUACAUCAAAGAUAAACAAAGCCAAGUCCCCCCAAUGGAAACUAACACUUUGGAAUAUUUGUGACUUCAUAAGCAACCUGAACAAUCCAGAAGAAGAGACAGGUGACCCUGAAGAAGAUUUUAUGAUGAGAAGACAAUUUCCUACUACUUCUGAGGGCUUCACUUUGGAAGCAAUGUUGACAUUGUAUCAGCUUCAAAAAGUCUGCCACACCAGAAAUUUUCAGCAGUGGGAGCAGUUGCUCCAACAAGAUAUUUACGAUCCAGAAAAUGCAAGUCAAGAUAAAGAUCUGAUGAAGAGAAAAACUCCAUACAUUCUGAAACGACAGUUGCAUGUUAACAAAGCCCGACGACCAUACAUACUGAAGAGGAAUUCAUAUUACUGACUCAGCCUUUAAAAUAGUGUACAUGUAGUUUAUAAGUAACUGUGCUUUAUGUCUCCCUUAUUUCAACCUUAAAUCUUAUUUGUGUGGAAAUAUAUUAUGGAAUGCAAUCAAGAUGAUAGCAUAAUUAUGAAUUUUUCAGCUACUGUUGUUAGAUGAUUGUGGUGUUUUUCCUACUUAAAAUUAACUGGACAAAUACAUUUACAAAUAAAUCUAGUUUCUAAGCAUUAUGCAUUGUAUGCCAUUGAUAAUAUUAAAGAAUUGGCAACACUGUUU